AAAGUUUCAAUGUUUAGAUCCGUUUUGUGUGCGGGUUUUAGACUUUUAGUGCAAGCAGUAAGUUUAAAUUCAUUGUGUGCGUCGUUUUAUGUGACAUCUGGAACAAUACGCGCUCUCAGCUACAACCAUUCAAAAAACAAUGCACGAUCGACGCAGCCCUCCAACAAAUACAUAAUAUAACGAUUUCCAUACUAAUGCAAAAUGACUGAAGCUGAAAAAUCUUUACGCGUUCUGUUGGAUACAAUUCUUGAUGAACGAGGCAUUAAGUCAAGAGAAGUUAACAUAGAAGAAAUAAAAACGAAUGGAGCAAAUUAUACAUCAGCACUUUUUUCUAUUAAAGUUCAAACCCCGAAUGAGGAAUUAAAACUGUUUGCAAAGGUUGCUACAAUCGGCAAAGAAAUGAGGAAUGUGGUGAAUGCUGAGUGGAUGUUCAGCACAGAAAGAUUCGUUUAUAACAAACUUGUAUACCUUUACAAUGAUAUACAAAAACACUUAGACGACGAACACAAAUUUAUAUUCCCAGAAUUUUACGGAUGCAAUGAUGAAGUGGGCAAAGAAACAAUAGUCAUGGAGAAUUUGGUUGAACAUGGUUACAAACCUUACGAUCGUUUGAAAUCAAUGGAUUGGCAACACGCCGAGAUUAGCGUUAUGAAUCUGGCCAGAUUCCAUGCUCUGUCCUUUGCUUUAGAAAAGAAAGAUCCUGAAAUGUUUAAAAGAUUUACAGACGAUAUGGAAUUUAAUAUGAUGAAGAAAGAUGAUCCAUCAUUUACGAGCAUGUUGGUGAAAAUGGCAGAAAAACCUCUUGAAAUAUUAGAUAAAGAUCAGAGGGAUCUAGUUAAGAAUUUUCUAUUCCAAGAAGAUAUCAUGACCAAGUAUACUAAACCAUUCGGCAAACCUGUUCUCUGUCACGGAGAUUAUAGAUUAAGCAACAUAUUGUUUAAAAGGAAGGGACAACAUCUGAAGUUAAAGGUAGUGGAUUACCAGACGGUCUACGCGGGAUGUCCGGUGACGGACCUCAUAUACUUCAUAUUCCUUGGCAGUGACGAAAAUUUCCGCAGUUUAUUUUAUGAUAACCUAAUUAAUCAUUACUACAAGUGUCUAGAAGAAGCCCUCGAGAGGUUGUCCGUGAAUCCUGUGGAAGUAUAUCCAAGGGAGAAAUUUAAUUCUGACUUAAAAGAGUUAUUACCUUACGGAUUAUUACUCGGCAUGACUACCUUACCAGUAGUGACUGUCAAUCCUGAUUUAGCACCGAAAAUGGACCACAUGGACUCUGAGGGCUUCGUGAUAGAACCGAACAAGUUGUUUGAAGAGAGAUUUAAGGGAAUAGUUAAUGAUAUGAUUAGAUGGGGAGCAAUAUAAUAUUAUUAUGUCAUCUUUUUUAUGCUAUGGCUUCUUUCGUGCUGGGAUCGUAAAAUAUUUUGCCAAUGUCAAUGUUUUUAUCUGUUGGACGAAUUAAAAUCUUGAGUACUGUGUGAGAAACACGAAGGAGUCUGUCGAAUGGAAUAAAGGCCUUUUUUAUUUAUUUA